AGGAGACAGGUCAGUCCUACACAUCGCAUUGGCAGUUUAUAAUUAUAAAAAAAAGGCCUUCCCUUCCCAAUUGCUACAGUCACAUUCCUUUCCUCCCAAUCGCAAUGGCAGAGAAGCAGCUGAACAGAGAGCAGUACGUGUACCUGGCCAAGCUGUCGGAGCAGGCCGAGCGCUACGAGGAGAUGGUCGACUUCAUGCAGAAGGUCGUCGCCGGUUGGACGCCGGCGUCGGAGCUCACGGUGGAGGAGCGCAACCUCCUCUCCGUGGCCUACAAGAACGUCAUCGGGUCCCUCCGCGCGGCGUGGCGCAUCGUCUCCUCCAUCGAGCAGAAGGAAGAGGGCCGCAAGAACGACGAACACGUCUCCCUCGUGAAGGACUACAGAUCCAAGGUCGAGAACGAGCUCUCGCAGGUCUGCGCCAGCAUCCUCAAUCUCCUCGACUCCCACCUCGUACCCUCUGCCGCCGCCGCCGAGUCCAAAGUCUUCUACUUGAAGAUGAAGGGCGAUUACCAUCGCUACUUAGCGGAGUUUAAGGUUGCCGAUCAGAGAAAAACCGCCGCCGAGGAUACCAUGUUGUCCUACAAGGCUGCUCAGGACAUUGCUUAUGCGGAUCUUCCCCCUACUCACCCCAUUAGAUUGGGUCUCGCACUCAACUUCUCCGUCUUCUACUACGAAAUUCUCAAUCAGUCUGAUAAAGCGUGUGGGAUGGCUAAGCAGGCUUUUGAAGAGGCAAUUGCUGAGCUGGACACCUUAGGAGAAGAAUCCUACAAAGACAGCACCCUCAUAAUGCAACUUCUAAGAGACAACCUCACACUUUGGACUUCUGAUGUCCAGGACCAGCUUGAUGAGCCCUGAUAUCCCUUAUAGGUUGAUGGGUGGUAUUCUUCCUCUAAUGGAGGUGGGCUUUGAAUGUCAUUUCUUUGUGCUAGUUAAGAAUCGCCCUAGUUUAUAAAGUGAUUGGCAAUCUGUGAUAUAAUGUUUGUAUGAACAGAAGACCAGGUUUUUUAUUUUUUAUUUUUAUUUUUUAUAUUUCAUAUGAUAUGGAAAGGAUAUUGUAUAAUGGGAUAUCUAAUUAAUUAUAUCUGUUGCAAUCUUCCCUUUACCUAAUA